AUGGCCGAAAUCGACGUCCCGCCGUAUUUCCUGUGCCCAAUCUCGCUGGAGAUCAUGAAGGACCCCGUCACCAUCCCCACCGGCAUUACCUACGACCGUGACAGCAUCGAGAAGUGGGUGUUCUCCGAGAGGAACGCCUCCUGCCCCGUCACCAAGCAGCCUCUCUCCGGCGCGGCGGACCUCACCACCCCCAACGUCACCCUCCGCCGCCUCAUCCAGUCAUGGUGCACCCUCCACGCCGCCCACGGUGUCGAGCGCCUCCCUACCCCCAAGCCGCAGGUCACCAGAUCCCAGCUCACCAAGCUCCUCAAUGACGCCAAGGCCGCCCCACAGAUCCAGAUCAAGUCCCUCCAAACCCUCAGAUCCAUCGCCUCGCAGAACCAGACCAACCGGAUCUCCAUGGAGAACGCCGGCGUCGCCGACUUCUUAGCCUCGCUCAUCGUCGACAACACCCUCCACCAAUCCUCCCGGCCCGAAUCGACCGGGUCGGACCCCUCCGGAUCGAGAAAAGCCUGCGAGGAGGCUGUAGCCACACUCUACGCGCUCCAGUUAUCCGAAUCGAGCCUCGAGUCCCUCGCCCAAAGCCCCGAGUUCCCGGAGGCCCUUACCCGGCUCAUCCCCCACGCGGGCUACGAGUCCCGGGUCCAAGCCAUCGUGAUCCUCAAUUCGAUGCUCGAAACAUCCGACCCGACCCGCCAAUUCAUCCUCCGGUCCGAAUUCUUCCUGGAGCUCGCCGAGAUCCUCCGCUCCCAAGACGUUUGUCAAAAUGUCUCAAAGGCCGUUCUAAAGAUACUGAUAUGCACCACCCCCUGGGGGAGGAACCGGGUCAAGGCUGUCGAGGCCGGGUUGGUACCCGUUCUGGUCGACUUUCUGCUCGACUUGGCCGAUAAACGGGCCUGCGAGUUGGCGCUAAUAGCUCUCGACCUCCUCUGCCAGUGCGCGGACGGGAGGUCGGAGCUGAUCAAGCACGGGGCAGGCCUUGCUAUCGUCUCGAAAAAGAUUCUUAGGGUUUCGAACUCGGCUAGUGAGAGAGGGGUUCGGAUUUUGCACUCGGUUUCGAGAUACUCGGGGACUCCCGGGGUUUUGCAAGAGAUGCUGCAAAUGGGAGUGGUGGCCAAACUGUGCCUGGUUUUGCAGGUGGAUAGCGGGCCCAAGACGAAGGAGAGGGCCCGUGAUAUUCUGAAGAUGCACGCAAGGACCUGGAGAGCCUCGUCUUGCAUACCUACCGGGCUGGUCUCGGCCUACCCGUCUUGA